AUCAAAGCCACGGAAAAGGAAGAUUCCACGCUUACAUCACAGCAGCAACUGGAUCGUCUACUGAGACCGGGUUCAACAUAUUUGAACUUGAAUCCGUUCGAGGUACUACAAAUUGAACCAGAUUCCGACAUAGAGUUAGCGAAGAAGAAAUUUAAAAAAUUGUCACUACUUAUUCACCCCGAUAAAAAUCCUGAUGAUCUUAUAAAAAAGGCGAUAAAGCAAAUUGAGAAUCCACUUGAGCUCAAUCGUUGUAAAGACUGCUACACAGAGGCUCGUGCUCGUCUAGCCAUUAUGUCAGAGAAACGACGGAAAGCCAAAAAGGAGAACGGCACUAACGAAAUUGAAGGAGGACGACCCAGAGGUAUACAAGAAGCAGUUGUGGAUAACCGUUACGAAAGUUUUUGCCGAUCGCGAAAAGAAGAGGAAAAAUGCUUGAGGAAAGGGCAAAUGAAGAAAAAUUAUUUUAGACGACGAGCGGCUGAGACGAUACAGCAAGCAGCAGAGAAGAGGAAGCUGGCUGAGGAAUUUGCUAAAAAUUACGAGGAAUCUCGUGAUGAGCGCUCAGGCAGCUGGCGUAAUUUCCAAGCGAAAAAGGCUAAACGUGAGGAAGGCGGUAAAACAAUGCGGGGUGCUGCGUUCCGCCCACCGAAGCCAAAGUUACAAAAAUGA